AUGGACAGCCAGCAAUGGAUGGCGUGCGCCAUCCUGGCCCUCGUCAUAAUUGGCUGCUUCGGCAACACUCUUUCCCUCAUUCUCUUCAGCCGACCACACAUGCGGUCAUCUUCGGUCAGUCCAUCUUCUGCUCGAACUUUACAGAUUUUUGGGAAUUUUUGAAAAAUUCUCUGCAAUGAUCUGUUAACAGUACCUUUUGGUGCCUCUCACCCUCAAAAAAAAAAAUGUUUCUAAUCGAUUUUUAAAAUGUGCUCCGGUCAGUUCCUCUUCUGAUCGAACUUUACAGAUAUUCGGUAAAAUUUUGAAAAAAUCUUAGAGAGAAUCAGAAUUUCCUGGUCAUUUGAGUGUGGGAAAAAUCAAUUAAAGGCAUACAAUGAGAUUUUAAGCUUUUUUUUUAUUUUGAGACAUUUUUCACCGAAUAAAUCGAUUCGAGGCAACUUUUACCUUUGAAAAAAAAAAUUUCCCGGAAAAAUUUUGCAGCAGAAGAUUACGUCAAUAAUGCGCUCCAAGGACAAUGCCUUUGUGGGGUUUUAAAUACGAUUUCGUGACUUUUAAAGCUUCCUCAUUGUACUUUUUUUAUUUUUUGAGCUUAAAAUUGUCCUAUUUCACUAUGAUAUUGGGUUUGAACUGAUUGUUUCAUUUUGAAAAACCGAAAAAGUUCAAUUUUUACGUGUUUCUUUCUGAUACCAAAAUAACAAGUUCCCUUCAAUGUUCCCUAUAAUUUUGGCUUUUUCUUAAACGUCAGCCGAAUAAUUCUCUGGUCUAGACGCGCAAAUUAUUUGUUGCAAAAUUCUUCCAAUUUUGGAUUUUGCGUAUAUAUUUAUGUCAAAAUUGGCUGUCUUAAGAGCGUAAGGAAGCCCUUAAGGGGUUCUAGUAGAUGGCCCUCUAGAGACGAAUUUACCUCCCCCUAUAGGGGCCACACAAAAACCUACGAAAGUUGACCCUCUAGGGGAGCAUGCUAGUGAUCCCUAUGCGUCUUUUUUAACCUUCAAAUCAAAAAAAAAAAUCAAAAGACCACUCUAGGGACCACUCAAACUUUUGUGGCUCAAGGGUCAGAUUCUAAACCCCUAUAGGGACCACCUAAAAUCAACCCUCCUCGGAGCACUUUUUGGCCACUAUAGGGGCCGUUUUUUCCCCUUCUAACGCCUUUAGGGGCCACUUGGACCCUCUAAAGUCUCUAGAAAUGAAAUCUUGAUGAAAAUAAGUUUCAGUAGGAAAAUGAAAGGGCAAAAGAAUGGUUCAAACCGUUUCUGUGGACAUAUAUCUUCCUAACUGAAAAUUGUCUCGACACGAAAAGUUACUGUAGUUUUCAGUAUUUUUUGUCUCAAAAUCUAGUUUUUUUCAUCGAAAAUAAGAAAUACCAUGACAUUUCCUCGGUUCCGAAUAACAAAACUCCAAUUUUCCUCCAUUUCGAAAGGUCAAAACUACAAAAAAACAAGAGCCGGGGAAAUGUCUUGAUGGUCACGCAAAUCAUGGGAAUAAUUAACCGUCUAGCCAAAUGAUUUUGAACCCUUUUUUGGUCGGAAAAUGUCACGCAAUCCAUUCAAAACAAUGCAAAUGGAGGCGUUGGGGAAAUUUUUUUGGAAAAAAAUGGGAAAUUUUUUUAAUUUUUUUAUCAUAGAUCUUUAUUAUAAUAUGAUAACAGGGAGUUUGAAUAAAAUGAAUGAAAAAAAAUUUUUUUCUAUAAAAAAGGUUCUGACACGAAAAUAAUGACAGGAGGUUCGAAAUUAUUAAAAAAUGAAGAAAAAUCUGUUAUUUCAAAAUUAAAAAGCCCCUUUUCUGAGAUUUUUAAUCGAUUUUUCAAUUAAUCCAUUUGGAAACCUAAUAAAGUCAAAAUUAAAAAAAAUUUGGAAAAAAGUGGAAUUUUUUUUUGAAGAGAUUUCUGAAAAUUCGGGCCCUUUUUUGAAUUUUCUGUCUUCCGGGAUCUUUUUUUGAACAUUUUUAUACAAAGAAAUCCAAGUUUUUUGAAAAUCACCAUGAAGAAGGAACUGAGGAGCACUUGAGGAGCAAAAAAAGUUCAGUGGAUAAUGAGAAGGAACGUCGCAAACAAGGCCAAUUAAAAGGGAACGCGGAACUGAGAAAAUCCCCCUGAACUUCGACUAAUUUCAUCUUUUCUGCGUCUUUGAAAAAGGUCCUGAAACGAAAAUUAGGCUUCUACAGUAACCUGGACAUUUUUGAAGGUAAAAAUGAGAGAGCAAGAUUAUAUAAAAAAUAGUAGACUUCAUUUUUUUUGGUCUCAAAACGAAAAUAAAACCUUACAGUAACCUGGACCUUUUAAACGGUUAUAUAAGUAGUAAAAAAAGUAAUUGAAACGUUUCACGGUUAUUUUUGUCCGGAAAAAGGUCCUGAAGCAAAAAAAUGAGAUCCUACAGUAAUUUGGAAAAAAAUGUCAGUAACCCUUAUUUCGUAUCAAAAAGGUCCUGGAACGAAAAAUAGGGUCUUACAGUAGCCUGGAAAGUUUUUUUCGGGAUUAAAUUACUCCAAAAAAAUAGGAACUUCAAUAGGUUAGUAAAAAUAAUUCGAAAAAUAAAUAAACGGCUACUUAGUCUCGAAAAAAAGGUCCUGACACGAAAAUGAGGUCUAAAAAGUAACCUGGAAUAAUUUAAGAAGUUAAAUAACGGAAAAAAAGAAAACAAUAAUUUUUAUUCAAUUCGAAUUAAAAAGGUCCUGAAAGGAAAAAUCAGGUCUUACAGUAACCUGGAAAGUUCUUUUGGAAUGAAAUUACCCAAAAAAGGGGAAAAUCAAUAAAAAAUCAAAAAACAUAAGUCCUACAGUAACCUAGACCAUUGAAAAAUUCAAAGCACGGUUACUUAGCUUCAAAAAAGGUCCUGACACGAAAAUAAGGUCCUACAGUAACAAGAGAAUGAAAAAAGCCUGACUAAUAAUGAAAUUUCCAGGUGAACGUUUUGCUAUGUGCCUUAUCAUUCGUCGACCUCACACUUUUGCUCCUUUCGAUCCCGACUUUCGUCAUUUCCAACCUCGACCUUUGGUUCGUUUUACAUAUUUUUUCUCAAGUUUUAUAAAUUAUAAAUCAUUUUUUCAUCGAAAAUUUCCAGACCUUGACCUCGAAACUCAUUGCAAAAUGCAAAAAAGGUUGUAUCCUUGAAAUUCGUAUUUAUUUUUCAGGGAAGACCAAAGGAAUCAAGUGACAUAUAUGGCAUAUGUUCUGAAACUGGUCUAUCCAGUCAAUCUGACGAUGCAGACGUGUAGCGUCUACAUUAUGGUUUUCAUCACCUUGGAACGGUGGAUCGCCGUUUGUCGGCCUUUACAGGUUCCUUCUUUUAUUUAUAGGUUACGGUAGGUUGCAGUUGUGCACACACCGAAAGUCGUUUUUAAACUAUCUAGCAACGCAACAGUGGUCACUAUAGAAGCUAGGGAGAAGAAAGCUUUUUAAAUUUAUAUCAUAGUGGUCCCUAAAGGGAUGAGGCCUUGAGUGGUCCCUUUAGUGGUCCUUUAACUUUUUUGUCUUUUUUCAAAGUUCAAAAGAGGUAAAGGGAGCCCUAGUCACUAACUAAGACCCCUAGAGGGGCCACUUUUGCAAGCUUUAGUGUCCCCUAAAGGGGAUCCUGUAAAAGCAUCCAAAAUUCGGUUCGCCAAUGAAGUAAUGCUAACGCGGUUGGAAUACUCUUCCCAACAUUGGUAUUUCUCUUAUAACAAUAUUGCAACUGUAAACUGAUGUAACGAAAUUUUUUGAUUUUUUUUGAGGUUUGAACAGUGUUUCAAUGGUACUAGGGUCACAAAACUGGAAAUUCGUUCAGAAAAAGGGGAAUAUUCAUAGGAAGCUAAUUUUCGACGUUUUCCGGGGUUUUCAUAGUUUUUCGAUCGAAAAGAAAAAAAAAUUGAAAAAGAGUAUUUCCAGGUACGGGUCUGGUGUACGCCGCGGAAGUCCCGACUCGCAAUUUUGAUCAUUUUUAUUUCGGCCUGCGUUUAUAAUUUCGUCCGGUUUUUCGAGUACCGAUUCGUGUGAGUUUUUCGGUUUUUUCAAGUUGAAAAAUCAUAAAAAUUAUAAAAAACUGAUUUUUUUUUUCAGAAGAACAGACACGGGAGCCGUUUAUGAGAAGUGGCUGAGGGAUCCGGCAAAUUAUCGGUAAGUUUAAAAAUUAUUAAAAAAAAACCUUUUUCAGGGUUUCUACUUUAAUGAUAGAGCUUAGAAAAGCCAAAGUGGCCCCUAGAGGGGUCGGGGGAAAAAGACCUUAUAGGGGUAAAAAAAAAGCUCUUUAUAGUAGUUAUACUGGAGUUUAGGCUGUGGCCUAUAAGAAAAUGAAGCCUAAGUGGUUCCUUCAGGGUUUAUUUUUUAUUUUCCUGUCCUACACAGGCCCCUAAGGUUGCCACUCUAGGGACCACUCUGGGGUUUUGAAAAUCUGAAAAAAAUUUUUGAAGAAAAAUGGUAAUUUUAUUGAUUUUUAAUGAAUAAUUUGAUACAGAAAGGUCGAAAAAAUAAAAUUUUUAAGUUGAAAAAAAAAUGAUUAAAAACCUGAAAAAAGGACAAAAGGUAACAUUACUAUUUUUAGAAGUGAAAUGAUGCCCAAAAAAAUAGCCGACAAAAAAAUUUUUCCAGCUUAAUUUGAGUUUUAACGGUGUGAACCACAAUUCCUACUAAUUAUUUCUAAAAUUUAUUCUUCCAUUUAAAUAUAAGCGUAGAAACGGGAAAGUGAUGAAAAAAAUUUAAUUUUUUUGCAAAAGAAUUCAACUUUUGUUUAGAAAUAGAAACGGGAAAGUCAUGGACCAUAAAAAUUUUUUUUUGCAAAAAAAUUUUUUUUCUUUAGGUGGUACUACGUCGGUUACUACACGAUCCUGUACAUUUUGACGCAUUUUUUGGUUCCUUUCACUUUGAUGGCUUUGGGCAAUGGUCACGUUAUCGUCGCCAUGUGUCAGAGGAGCCGGACGAGGCAUAUGCUCACCAGACAGGUUCUUUUUGAAGCAAUAUUUUUGGGGAAAAUUUCGGGACAGUGAGAAUUUACGGCAUUGCUGUACUUAAUUUAAGUAUUUUGAUAUAUUUUUGUACAUAUCUAUUGAUUUUUCGAAUUAGAAGGUAAAGUCAAAAAUCCGUUUUUUUUUUUUGAGCUUAAUCGAGAAUUUUUUGUUUUUUUGAGAAAUUCACCACAACUAGCCGAUUGUUUCAAAAAUUUUUAUUUAAUAUAUUUUGAAAAAUAGGUUGAAACUGUGAAGAAAUAUAAAAAAAUAUUAAGUCGAAAAAUCAUUUUUUUACUUGAUUCGAUUUUUUUAUUGUAGAAAAACUGAUUUUUUUGGAUAAUAUUAAGAUAAAUCAGAGAAAAAAAUGUGACUUUUUCAACGUUUUUAUAACGUAAAAUAUUGCACUAAAAAAAUCUCAAAAAUUGGGUUUUUCAAGAAAAAGUUUUUGCUUAUAAUUUAAAUGACUUCUCUCUUUCAAAAAGUUUUUUUAUAUAAAUUCAUUUUCUCAUGAAUUUUCGAUAGAAAGCAUUUGAUUACAGCAACAACGAGAACAGUCGACUACAGUAAUGUUACUUAUCGUAACAUUCGUUUUUGCGUUUUGCAACACGUUGCCGUUCAUUCUGAACGUCGUGGAAAGCAUGUUUCCAGAUUUUUUUGCGGAUCCAGUUGGUUUUUUUUUUAUUUCUAUACUAAUCUUGAGAUUUUGCGAAAUUUUCAGUAGUAGUUUUCCUUUUUGGAAGCUUUAUUUCUUCUAAAUUUCACUCUGAAAAAAGAAAGUUCGCAGAAAAAACUCAGAUUUUUAACAUAAAAUAGCGAUAAAACAAUAGUUUUUCAAAUGGUAACGAAAAAUUGACCACUAUAGGGACCACUUGAGCGUUCGGUGCUCAGAUGUCAAACUCGGAACUCCUACAGGGACCACUUGAAUUUUAGCCCUCUAGGGACUACUUUUUUGCCCCUCCAAGGGCUAUUUUCCCCCUACUCUCUAGGGAACACUCAGACGUUUCUAGUAAACUUUGAACAAGAGAUUUCAUUUCACUUUUCUCAGAACUUGAAAGUUGUGUUUAAAACAUGGAAAAAAUUUGCUUUUUUUGUAAAAACUAUGCCUGAAACCGUAAAGUUCGGUACAACCCGAAAUUCGCUAUAAUAGCCAUGGUCGCACUGGGAAUGGCUCAAAACUACAAAAUGCCUCCAUUGCUUCCCGAUGUCGCCCUGCGGAAACAGUUUUGGGUCGGGCAAGCCAUGUUUUCAUUUUUUGUAGAAAACCGCUGCUGAUAGUCUAAUAACCACAGAUAAAACCCAAACUAAUCUUUCUGGACGUCACAAUUUUAAAAUUUUUGUUGGGAUUCCUUCUUUUCCUUUCGCAGUGCGACCAUGGGUCUCCCAAACCCGAAAAACGAUUGUAAUGAUUCAGAGCACAUCCUACGUCGCCUACACCUUGAACGACUUGUCGAACUUGUUGGUGGUGCUGAACUCGGCGACGACGUUCAUCGUCUACUUCUCGUUUUCGGAGAAGUAUCGUCAAACUCUACUUUUCAUUUUGAAGUUUGCCGGAGCCCAAAAAAGAGAAAAAUUGGGAAAUUUGUCAGAAACGGGUGUUGUGCGACGAUUUCCGACUAUAACAACUACACGGCGAUGUCGCGUACCGCCUCGAUGCGAAUCUCGUCCGAGACGGCGAUCCAGCGCCAGGGCAGCAAGAUGAGCACCAGCAGGUUAGCCAUUUUUUGCAAUAUCGCUUUUUUUCAUUUUUAGCGUACUUUCCCGUUUCAAAGAAUACAUAAUAUCUUGCAAAUUUCUAUUCAAAACGUUAUUUUUUCGCUUUCCAUGUAGAGUGUAUACACUGAGAAAAUUUUUAUGUGCCAGUACUUAAGUGGUCACUUAAACGUCACAACCCUAAAGUAGCUACUCAACAUUUUCCCUGUUAAAUUAAUCAUAAAAACCUCGGAAAGUUUUUAGUGGCCACUUUAGGGUUUUGACGUUUUACUGGCCAAUAUAGUAGUCGAAUUAGUGACCCCUUAAGUGGCUAAAAAUAUGUGGCCCCUAUAGAAGUACUACUAGACCGCUGAGAAUACUAUACUGGCUACUGAGACGUAGAAAAUGGCUACUAUAACGGUUUUUUUGAUGGCCACUUUAGUGACCUUUCCAAGAAGCCCUUGAAGAACCUCUUAAGUGGCCACUAAAGCUCUUUCCGGAUACUUUUAUUGAGCUUUUUUUUCGUCAAAAACGAACUUUCCUUUUUUUUCUAUCAAUCUUACUUUCCGGUUUCAAAUAAUACAUAAAAAACCUUUCGAGAUUUUAGAGGGUUUGUAAACCUCGCUGUCGUUAUGUAAUUUUACAAAUAUUGAAUAUUUUGGAGCGAAUUUGCUUUCUUAACUGUAUUUUUUAUGCCGUUCUUUAAUUUUUUGAAUUUUGAUUUUUUCUGCUCAUUUUUUAACUUUUGAGCCUCAAAUUUCCUAUUUUUGACAUCUAGAUGACUUUACCUUUUCUGGUGAAGUUCUUUUUAUUGUAUUCAUCUUUUUUUUGAUACUCAUCUCUAUUUUCGUUGUAAAAUUUCUUUAAAAAUGGCGAGAAAAAUGAUUUUUUUUUUGAUUUUUUCUUUAUUUUCAUUUUUUGUAGAAAAUCGCUGCUGAUAGUCCAACAACCACAGGUAAAACCUCAAACUAAUCUUUCUGGAUGUCACGAUUUUAAACUUUUUCUAAUAUUUUUCUUAGUUGGCCUGUUGGGAUUCCUCCUUUUCUAACGGUUCGAAUUGCAUGAAAUGGGAAUUUUCGGGGUUUUUUGGGGGUUUUUGAGCUUUUGAAAGGAGAGAAAAUGAGUCAAAAGGUCUCGAUACGAACCAGCUUACUGUAACUAAAAUUUAGCCGAAAAUUAAAAUUUUUCAAAGGUUCGCGAAGUUUAUUGAGCUUCUGGUAGUGCUAAAGCUUCGAAGCUUAAUAAUUAUUUUUUCAAUCAUUUUUUGCGCCAAAAAUCAGCUACCGUAAUCCUUUUCGCCUCAAGACCAGUUUGAUGCUUUUCCCGUAUUUUCACACCAUUAAAGGCUCAAAAACUUUUUUUUUCCUUCUACUAAAACCAAAAAUAACUUUCUGUUAGCAACCUAACAUCAUGGGACUUGGGAUACUCCUGAAAAAAAAAAUUUAAAAUUUCCCAAUUUUUCAGCCGAUCAUCCGACGUGCUUCUGAAACCGUUGUACAUGCAGAAACGCACCGACCGCUGCUCGUCCGAGUACAACGAGAGAACUUUUAAGUACGUUUAUAAACUGCGAACACUUUUUGAUGAUAAAAAUCGAAAAAAGUUGUUUAUUUCACUUCACGGUUUCAAAUUUUCUUUUGAAAAAUUUUCGAUUUACGCCAAACUAUUCUAUAGAAGACUGAUGAGUCCUUAAUUUUGAGAAACAUUCUGAGUACGUCUUUAAACUGCGAACACUUUCAUUUGAUGAUGUAUAUCGAAAAAAAUAUAAUUAUUCCAUUUUUUUCGGUUUCGCAUUUCAUUUGAAAAAUGCCCUUUUUCGCUGAACAUUACUCCAUAAUUCCUUGCGAUAAGUUUCAGAUAGUAUUCAACUCUUUUUUUAUUUAAGAAAAACACUUGAGUACGUUUUUUUAAACUACGAACACUUUCAAUUAAUGAUAAAAAAAUCGAAAAAAAGAUGUUUAUCUUACUUUUUACGGUUUCAAAAUCGCUUUUAAAAAAAUACUCGAUUUUUUUGAUCAUAUGAUCAAUAAUUUGUUUAAAAAAAUGAAUAAAUGAUUUUAUUUCAGACAUCUAACUGCAUUUGACGACUUGAAACAUUCCAGAAUAGGCGCACCUUCGAGCGAGAAACGAAAGAAGAAAAAUAAGUGAGUUUGAUAAUUUUUGGUAUUUUCUCAAAGAAUAAAAAAAAUUAUUUUUCAGUUUGGAAGUUGAGAAAGGACUUUGAUUAUUAUUUAUUCUAUAGAAUUGGAAAAAAAAAUAAAAUGGAUCACAAUUAGAGAGUGCGGGAAAAGAGGAGUUUUAGGCACGUAAAGGAGAAGAGUUAUGUCUGCGUCUCUCCGUUUGUCAUACUCUCUAGCUUUUCUCAGUUUUUCGUUGAUUUUUGCAUUAGUAGAAUAUUUUUCAAUAGGAUCAUUGCGUUUGAAGAAUGAAAGAAACAAAUUCCGUCUGAAUCUCUCAUUCUUCCAUAACCUCUCACUUUUGGCAAGUCUCAAACUUUUUAAGAUUAAAAAUUGUAGAGUUUUGAAAUAGUGUGGAGGAACAGGAGGGUCCCAGACACGCAGAAAAUCUAUUUUUUCGCUUUUUUCUUUCAAUCAACCGCUAAAUAGCCUUUUUUUUCAUAAAAUGCCACAAUUUUGAACUUUAUUGAAAUAGUGUGGAAGAAGAGGAGAGUUCCAGACACGCAGAAAAUCUAUUUUUUCGCUUUUUCUUUUCAAUCAACCGCUAAAUAGCCUUUUUUUUCAUAAAAUGCCACAAUUUUGAACUUUGUUGAAAUAGUGUGGAAGAAGAGGAGAGUUCCAGACACGCAGAAAAUCUAAUUUCCUCUCAAAUUUCUUCUUUUCUUUUCAUUUUUGAUCUUUGAACAGUCUUUUUCUCUUACAAACUAAAGUUUUUAGAUUUUUUGAAAUAGUGUGGAAAAAGAGGAGGGUUCCAGACGCUCAGAAAGUUUAGUUUUUUGCCUUUUUCGUUCAAUUUCAACCUCUAAACACCUUUUUUUUCAUAAGUCAUUGAAUUUUAAAAUUUGUUGAAAUAGUGUGGAAAAAGAGGAGAGUUCCAGACACGCAGAAAUUCUAGUUUUUCGCUGUUUUCGUUCAAUUUUCAACGUUGAGUAGUCUUUUUUUCAUAAAAUGCUAGAAUUUUUGAACUUUGUUGAAAUAGUGUGCAAGAAGAGGAGGGUCCCAGACAAACAGAAAUUCUAAUUUUCUCCCAAUUUUCUUCUUUUCCUUUAUUUUUAACCAUUGAACAGUAUUUUUCUCUUCCCAAAUAAAGUUUUUAGAUUUUUUGAAAUAGUGUGGAAAAAGAGGAGGGUCCCAGACACGCAGAAAUUCUAAUUUUCUCUCAAAUUUCUUCUUUUUCUUCAUUUUUAAUCUACCAAAAUUAUAUUUUCUCAAUUUUCAGGCUUUCUUCUUUGGACCGCUCGACUCCCCAGAUAACGAUAACGCCAAGUGAAGACUUGCCCAGCCAACCUUGA